AUGUCCGGCCUUUACAUCACGGUGGUCAGAAAAAAGAGCAGUCCCCUCGACCGCUUAGCCCCUAAACUAAUCGCCAACAUCGUUUCUAAGCUUCCCAACAUGAUGGCCAGGAAAAGGGGCAGCCCCUUCGACCGCUUAGCCCCUGAACUGAUCGUCAAUAUCGUUUCUAAGCUUCCCGACCUAAAGUCGGUUCUAGCAUUCGGUUCAACUUCGCACAAGAACCUUGCUAUCACCGUGGAGAACGAGGGCACGAUUGCUCGCAACAUGGCGGCUACGUUCCUUGAGGACGACGAUCCCGAGGUAGCCAAAUUAGCAUUCUUGGCCUGCAAGGCCACGCUCAUCGAGUACCCAGACGCUCGCCGCGUCCAGAAGUUCAUCAAGCAAUACGUCAACCCGGGUACAAGGCAAUCGCAUAUGUAUCAAUUCCGUGCUCUCGCUUUGAUGCGCGAGCUGAGCGUAAGCGUUGAGCUCCUGAUAGACUGGACUACGACGUACGCUACGCUGUGGCCACUUAAGUCAGGCAGAAGGGUCUUCACAGAUACCGAAGUCAUGCAAAUGAGGCGAAUUAUCUACCUGGCCGAAGCCGGGAUCAGACUGUUUUGCACUAUCCCCAAGAAUAAUCUUGCAAAACUCGCUGAUAAAUUCUGGCGGACCUUUCCACUCUGGGAUGUUGAUCGGGCUUACGCCUUCAUGAGGAUGAUAACUUCCUCCGAAUGGUCUUGCAAUGACUGGAGUUUACACGCUGCUGGCCGCGGCCCGAGAGAAGAAUUUGAUUUCCCGUGGCACGCUCAUGAUGAUCUUCGGAACAAAUUAUAUAUACUUCCCCUCUCUCUGUGGCAUAACGGUACUCCGUCCCAAGAGACCGAAACCUUCACUCUGUUGUCACUUCCUUGGUCGAGCUACCACAUUUGUCCUUAUUUUAAUCGGUGUACGGACCGACAGUCCCAUUCCUGGACAACUAAGAGAACAUGGUAUAGUGGAUUAAAUCGGGAUGAAAUCGAAUGGUCAAAAGUGAGCGGUUACUUUGACCCUGGUGUAUUCAACUUUCGCAGACAUUACGACUGGUUCUUCAUGAUAGCAGACGAGGAUCGACGUCAACAGAUUACAAGCCAGGGGCUCAUUUGGUCUUGGAGCACCGAGCCCGAGGGAGAGGAGUUAUUGAGCCCAGAACCUGGCCCGGCUGCGAUCGUAUGGCACGAGGACCCAGCCCAGUUCGGUUGGAAGGGCACAGUGGGAACACCAGUACCUAUCCAGGACAUAAUAGAGCGACGAUACGUGUGA